UGCUCCGCUCUACGACGGACCAAGCGGUCCAACUAAAGCUGCUUUAGCUUAUGCCGAAAACCCGUUGUCUAUAUUCUACUUCUUCCUCCCCAAAGAACUGUGGCGUCGGAUUGCUGCUGAAACGAACAAGUAUCGCCUCGAUAGUGUUGACGAAGUCGCUCAAGGCAUGCGCCGACGUGCUCUCGAGAAGCGGUUGACGACCCCUUCCACAACUGUUUUGUCUGUGGAGGAGUACCGGGUCAAGUUGCGACGCAAGAACAGUAUUCAGCCGCACGAUAUAGUCCGAUCCGGAAUAUGUUCGGGAUGAUCCGCGAUGUGAACAGGAGUAUACUGACUAUCUUGUUUGUUGCUGUGUAGAAUCG